AUGGAUUGUACAAACCCCGAAGAAACUCCGAUUAACCAGUUUCCGGCCACGGAGCUAAACAUUUACAGAGAAGAAGAAGAAGGGUCCACAAUAUCAUCGGAAAGUAGGAGCAACGAAGAGUUUUCCGAUUGUGAUAAACCGUCGUCGUCAUCGAUUGCUAACGAGCUCGAGCUAAUGGAGUUGCCUAAAGACGAUAAAGCCUACGAGCUAAUCUAUCGCCAUUGCCAAUCCAACCUGACUCCUCAGUUUCAGAUCGUAUCGAUUCUCAAGAACGGAUUUCAAAGCCCAUUGGGCCAAGCUAAGGUUAAAGCCUUUCGUAUAUACACAGAGUCCGUUGCUGAGAAAAACGGCGGUUGCUGCAAAGGCGGUGGAAGCAAAGCCGCGGCUGAAGCGGCGAGAGUGAAAUACGGUUGGUGCGGCGUGGAGAAGAAAGAGUUAAAAGAGAUACUAAUGUACGGAUUUAGCCAUCAAAAGCUUAGGAACAACAACCAUGGCUUAUUACAUCUCUCACCAGACAAUGCACCUCUUCAAUGCCUGAAAGAUUCUCCAUCAUCUGGUGACGAAGACGGGGUUAGAUUCUUGCUGCUUUCAAGAGUUAUAUUGGGGAACUCAGAGAUUGUUGUUCCUCAGGGCUCGAUCACAAGAUCGUAUCCGAGUUCUCAAGAGUUCGAUUCAGGUGUAGACAGUUUAACAUCUCCGAAGAAGUAUAUCAUUUGGAGCACACAUAUGAACACUCAUGUUUUGCCUGAGUUUGUUGUUUGCAUCAAAGCUCCAUCAAUCUUGAGAAGAAAGAAUCCGAAAUCGCCUUGGAUUUUGUUUCCGGUAUUGAUCAAAUCCAUAUCGAAGUUUCUUAAUCCGUCACAAAUCCUUCUCAUUCGAACACACUACAGAGAACUGCAAGACAGGAGAAUCUCGCGGUCUGAUUUGAUUCAGCGACUGAGAAGUAUAACCGGAGAUAGAUUACUGGUUUACAUCAUCAAAUCUUUCGGACAAAAGGUACUUUGUAUUGCACCGGAAGAAUCAAGACCGGUAACUGUAACGUCACGGCGUGGCUAA